GUCAUGGCGCCAUGGGAGCUGGGAGGACUGUUAUUAUAUAACUACUAAUAGCUUGUUGGUUCAAGCGAGGUCUGCAUGACCUUUACACUUUACAGCUGGCCAACUCGGUCAACUCCCACAACUGCAGACUAUACUCCCAACCAGCCUUGAAGAAUCGGAAUCGGAAUGCAGCUCCUUGCGACUCUGCUGCUUGCCGCUAUGGCAGUGGAAGCACAUUACACCUUCCCCAGGCUCGUCGUCAACGGCCAGGCCGAGGAGAAGGACUGGUCGGCCACGCGCAUGACCAAGAACGCGCAGAGCAAGCAGGGCGUCGAGAACCCGACCAGCCCGGACAUCCGCUGCUACAGCUCGCAGACGGCGCCCAACGUGGCCAUGGUGCCCGCCGGUUCGACCAUCCACUACGUCUCGACCCAGCAGAUCAACCACCCGGGGCCGACGCAGUACUACCUCGCCAAGGUCCCUGCGGGCGCAUCGGCCAAGACCUGGGACGGAUCGGGCGCCGUCUGGUUCAAGAUCGCCACGACGAUGCCCAGCGUGGAUGGCAACAAGCAGAUGGUCUGGCCGGGGCAGAACACAUACGCAACAGUCAACACCACCAUCCCCGCCAACACCCCGGACGGCGAGUACCUCCUCCGGGUCGAGCAGAUCGCCCUGCACAUGGCCAUGCAGCCCAACAAGGCCCAGUUCUACCUCGCCUGCUCGCAGAUCCGCGUCACGGGCGGCGGUGGUGGUGGCAGUCCCGGCCCGCUCGUGGCGCUGCCGGGCGCCUACAAGAGCAACGACCCGGGCAUCCUGGUCAAUCUGAAUGCCAUCCAGCCGGGGGAGUACCAGCCGCCGGGGCCUGCUGUGUGGAGGGGGUGAGAUAUAUCAUAUCCGUGAGGGAAUGAGAGACCUGGUUAUGUGAAUUGUGACUUAUGUAAGAGAUCCAUGUGUAAAGAGGUCGUCACACUAUCCAAGGAGACGUGAGCGAAAUGGCCGCUUACACAUCAUUCAUGAUUCAUGAUCAUGCUACAUCAACAGCUCGUUGACGCCAUGGAGCCCACUUGUGACACCCAGUUUCCACCAAGCGAGCAAAUUGUAGUACUCCAAAGUCUCCAAGAUCUCCGAUCACCAUGG